GCAGCUUUAACUUCUCACUUGAGGCUGCCCCUUUUUCUUAUUAUACGCAGCCUGGAUUUCAGGAAUAGGAUUGCUCAUGUGGUCUUUGUGGCUGGGAAUGGCCAAAGACAUGAAGAAUCGACUGGCUUUCCUGCGGAGGAGGAAUGAAUCCCCAGGAAGCAACCCAGCCAGCAAGUUAGACAAAUCUAUGAAGUCAGUCAAGCCCACCCCGGAGGAAGCACUAAAAUGGGGGGACUCACUUGACAAGCUUCUGGGACACAAAUAUGGUCUGGCAGCGUUCAGAGCUUUCCUGCGCACAGAGUUCAGCGAAGAGAAUCUGGAAUUCUGGCUAGCAUGUGAGGAAUACAAGAAGAUUAAGUCCCAGUCCAAGAUGGCCUCAAAAGCCAAGAAAAUCUUUGCAGAAUACAUCGCUAUCCAGUCUUGUAAAGAGGUAAACCUGGAUUCAUACACCAGAGAUCACACUAAGGACAACCUGCAGAAUGUGACGCGCUCCUGCUUCGAGCUAGCGCAGAGGCGGAUAUAUGGGCUGAUGGAGAAGGACUCAUACCCCCGCUUCCUUCGCUCAGAACUCUACUUGGACUUAGUCAACCAAAAAAAGUCCAGCUCCACUUCGACUUCAUCUUCGUCAUAAGAGACCAGAAAAAGGAGGAAUCACAGAGAAAGAGAUGUUGACAAUAGAAAAAAGGGGCAGACUUGAAAAAAAUAGUGGGUGGGUGGGAUGUGAGGUUCUAUGUUUGCCUUUUUCUUUUUUUUUGUGUGUGUGUGUGUGUGUGUGCGUGUGUCUGUCUGUCAUCCUGUCCACUAUGGUUUUUUGUUGUUGUUGUUGUCAUGGUGUGAGAGAAAGCGGUAAAGCUAUAGGCUAUAAGGAAUGUAGUUUACACCGCUACAAGGUGGAUGGAUGAAUGGAUGGAUGGAUGGAUGUUACUAAAUAUACAGAAGCCCCAUGGGAGAGGGCUGGAGCAGGAGCUGGACGCUUGUCUGAUCACUGUUUUUUCUUCUUUCUUUUUUUUAGUGUCAGUCUUUUGUCAGACAAAUGACAAACACAUUUGUUUGUGUUUUUUUUAAGUUUUUGUCCAGUUGUACUGGAGAAAAGGAGGGGUUGCUCAGAAAACCCCCGCAGACACGAAGACAGUCCGGUACUGUUUUGUCACUUGUUUCUUUUACUUUCUAAUAGAACUCCCCACUUUUAGUCCCCCUCCUUUCCUCCAAACCACGUCCUCUGUGAAGCCACUUCAGUCUGGCAAUGCAAGACUACUUCAAAGCUGUUGGUACGACACAAAGUCCUUUUUCGUCGUGUUUUUUCAUCAGGCUCCAAACUCUAUGAUGGAGGGAGGGAGAGAAAAAAAACAAAACAAGAUGAUGUCUGAAUGAAAACUAGCGUCGUGGCUCUGUUUCACAUGUGUUACUUCUGCAGAAUGAGAACACGCACCUCUGUUAAACCCUGCAUCCGCUCAAAGCUUCUAUACACGGCUUUCAACUUAUCCAGUUCAUGCCAAGACUGCGGAGAGAUACUGUGAGUGUUCGACAAGGACAAAGAUGGAGACAGAGAUGGGCGAAGAACACAGAUGUAUAAAUAACGGAUGGACUGGAGCUGUGAUGAAUCACAGAUUAUGUGUCACUCUCACAUUAAAAAGACAUUCAAAGUCACAUUCGAAGCCAGAGAUGGAAAAAAAACGAGGACUUGCUUCCUGUCUCCAAAGACUGUUUACAACAAGGAACGAAAAGUCAAGAAGGAAAAGAGAAAACGUUCUGUGCAGCCAAACGACAUUUCCUUUAACAUUGUAGCUCAUUCUGGACUAAUCGAGGAAGCAUUCUCAGGACAUUGCAAUGACAGGUUCCAAGCUUGGUUUUAUCUCCUCAACUGUUUCCAUUUUUCUACAUUUUCACUGUUUUUAUAUGCUUUAGGGUUUCAACCUGCACUCCCUAUUUCUCCUGAGCAAUAUGCGAGAGGUUGCUCGUCUCAUAGUCAGAGGGGGGGAAAAAAAGGCUUCAUGUUGUAUAAAGGUUUGCCUAUUUAUUUAGAUUAACUUGCUGGAUGCUUCUACACACACCCUCACCUCCUCCAAGGCACUCAGCUAAAAGCUCUCACUUUCCUCUUAACCACCAAACAGGUCCAAUGCUGUCCUGGAUUUAAGUGCAAUAUUUUUUUAUUUUUUAUGUUAUUUUAUUAUUAUUUUGGUUUGUUCAUUUAUUUGAAUAAUUUAGAAUUUUUAUGGGGAAGAUGAACGGCUUGAGCUCUGUAUUAACUUUAUUUGUUAAGAGAGAAAACAAAAAAACUUAGAGCUAUAAGGUUGACUUACAACGUAAACUUUCAUGAACCAUAAGUAGUUUAAUGAAUUUUAAGCAAGUGAUUCUAACUGUGUGUUAAACCCCAGCAGCAGGCAGCUGGGGGCGUUAUGGUUGUAAAUAUAAUUCUUUAAGAAAACUAUGUGAUAACACAUUAAAAACAAACAAAAAAUAAAAAACCAAUAGGUGUGUGCUGGUGUUGAAUGUGGGACCCAGCUGUAUCUAUGUAAAUAUGAGAGACUCAAAACUAUAAGAUGACAUGUAUUGUUAAAAAAAAAAAACAAUAGGCGAGCAAGAGCAGGUACAAUCUGCUCUUUUCCCUGGUCAUACACUGCUUGUAAGGAGUUUUAUGAAAUGCAUUUUAUCAUUUUCACUGUUUACAACUCAAAAUGCAUCUCCUAUUAUAGCAAGUGAAAACAGUAGAGUACAUUUGGUGUCAUUGCUAAUGAUAAAUAAACCAACCAACUGAUGAAGUAA